UUAUUCAAAAUGAUACAAAAUAAAAAAGAAGCCAUUGCAUCACCCGCAGAAAUUCCACCAAACACCGAAAACUGCCUAACUUUUGAUGAUAUUUUAGUGUAUGUGGGAGAAUUUGGCCGUUAUCAAAAGUGUCUAUUUUGCUGCAUGAUUCCAUUCGAAUUCAUUUGGUGUACUGUUUACCUAUCGCAAAUAUUUACAAUUCUCGUACCAGACCAUUGGUGUCGUAUUCCCGAAUUAUCAAGCCUGUCCAAAGAGGAUCAACUAAAGUUGGCCAUACCGAAUGGGGACAGCAAGAAAGAUUUUGACCGGUGCCGAAUGUAUGAUGUCAAUUAUACACAAUUGCUUGAGGAUAAUGUCAGCAUAGCAGACAAGGACUGGCCGAAAAAACAUUGCAAUGAUUGGGUGUACGAUAAAAAGCAAGUUCCCUACGAUACAAUAGCUAUGCAGUAUAAUUGGGUAUGCGAUGAUUACGCCUUGGGUGCAUAUACUGUGACUAUAUAUUUUGUGGGAUCAAUUGUGGGCGCGAUUAUCUUUGGAUAUACAACAGAUCAUUGCGGACGCAUACCGGCCUUAAUGUUAGCCAAUACUUGUGGACUGGUUGGUGGCGUGUUAAGUGCGUUUUGUAAAGGAUUUUCUACUUUUGCAGGAGCUAGAUUUGUCGUUGGGAUGGCGUACGACUAUUGUUGUACUCCUAUAUACAUAUUGAUCAUGGAGAUCGUGGGUCCCAAAUAUCGGACGUUCAUCACGCAAUUUACCAUUGCUGUAUUCUUUACGCCCAUAGCCUGUUUAUUGCCUUGGUUGGCUAUAUUAUGUAAUGAUUGGCGAAUCUUCACCUUGGCCACCUCUAUACCAAUCGCCUGUGCCUUGAUACUAUACUUCGCAAUUUCUGAAUCCCCGCGAUGGCUGAUCUCUGCAGGAAAAAUAGAUAAAGGGAUGGCUAUUAUCAGAAAAGCUGCCAAGAGAAAUGGCAAGAACAUACCAGAGGAUGUACUAGUACCAUUUGAGAAAUGCUGUCAUCUGAUCUACGCCAAGGAACAGACGCGUAAUCAAAACACAGUCAUUGAUUUAUUUAGAACAUGGCGGCGUUGUCGUAUUACUUUUAUUCUAAUUCUCAUUUGGAUGAUCACAUCGUUGGUAUAUGAUGCACAUGUUCGCAUUAUCACAGACCUGGGACCAGAUAUCUUCAUAACAUUCUCUGUGGCCUGUACUACGGAGCUACCUGCUGGCCUACUCCCACUAUUUUUAUUGGAUGUUGUUGGACGAAGAAAUAUGACGUUUGCCGUGUUUAUUAUAUGUGCCAUAGGAAGCUUAGCAGCAGGAUUUCUAGAAAAUAUAUGGCUGGUAGCUACUGCUGCCAUCAUCGGACGUUUUGGAGCUACUAUUGCUUAUAAUAUUGGGUUACAGUGGGCCGCUGAAAUUCUGCCUACUGUAGUGCGAGGGCAAGGCGUGGCCCUUGUACAUAUAAUGGGCUUUGUUGCAUCGCUAAUGUCACCUUUAGUUGUGUACCUUGAACACUACUCUAAAAUCGCCCCAAUGAUGAUUAUAAGUGGUUUAUCCAUUAUAGCCGUCAUUUUAGCGAUAUUUUUGCCCGAAACGAAAAACAUAGAAUUGCCGCAAACGCUUCAAGAUGCAGAGUCUAUGUGGAAUGGGCAUAAAAUGUUUACCUGCGGCUCACGACGCUAAGCAAUCAA